GGAGAGAGAAAGGGCGUCUGACAGCAGUGCACCUCGAGCUGUUACGCAGGAAACACAGUUUAAUAUCGAACGCACAUGCGCUGCAGUACUGUAAGUCUGUAACUUACUACGGGGAAAAGUACUGCAGGCAUGUAUGUACGACAGAUAACGACGACUAAAUCAUAUUAGGGUUAAUGUCGGCAACAUAAUAAUUCUACGGACAGAUCAGUACUUCUACAAUAUAGAAAAUACGAUAAACUAAAGAGAAAAAAAAAAUCCUAAACCAAGAUGCUCGAGUCAGAGUUCGACUGGUCUGAGGGCAAGCGGGGCAGCUUCUCGUGGCUGGAUUACGUGGUGUUCGGAGGGAUGCUGGUGCUCUCCCUCGCCAUCGGCAUCUUCUACGCCGUCAGGAGCCGGAAGAAGUCCAACGACGAGUUCCUCCUGGGCAGUAGCAGUCUGACUUGCUUCCCCGUAUCCAUGUCUCUCCUGGCCUCCUACAUAUCAGCGAUCCUCGUGCUUGGCGGGCCUUCCGAAGCCUACUACCACGGUGUCCAGUGGUGGGUCAUCUGCAUCGGCCAGGUAGCCCUUCCCGUGGCGGCCGUGGUCUUCAUGCCUUUCUUCUACGAACUCAGACUCACUUCGAUCUACGAGUACUUGGAGCUGCGUUACUCGUCCCGCCUCGUCCGCUUCGUCGCCGGCGGGAUGUUCGUGAUCCAGAUGCUCCUGUAUCAGGCGGUAGUGAUCUACGCCCCCGCCCUCGCCCUCGCCUCCGUCAGCGACUUCCCUCUGUGGGCGUCCGUAAUCUCCGUUGGACUCAUCGCCUCCGUCUACACAGCCAUUGGCGGUCUGAAAGCCGUGGUCUGGACUGACGUUCUGCAGUUGUUCAUCCUGAUUGCCGGUCUCUUCGCCAUCAUCAUCAAGGGCCUCUAUGACAUGGGAGGCUUCGGGCCCGUUUGGGACAUCGCCGUCAAGCACGACCGAGCUGGACCCCAGAUCUUCACAUACGGGUUUUAUCCGCUUCAACGUCACACUGUCGCCAACAUUGCAAUUAGCUCCAUCGUCGGCAAGCUGUCGCAGUACGCGUGCACUCAGACCACUGUCCAGCGUUACGCCAGCAUGAAGAGUCUCACCCAUGCCUACGCGUCCAUAUUCCUCGUGAUGCCUUUCUUCAUCCUGCUAAUCUCUCUCACCAUGGUAGCAGGGAUUGUGAUGUUCGCGACGUACGAGGGCUGCGACCCCCUGGCGGCCGGACUCAUCACCAAGAAGGACCAGAUCCUGCCCUUCUACGUCAUGGAUCGCCUCAGCUCCAUCCCGGGGCUGCCGGGUCUCUUCGUGGCCUGCAUCUUCUCCGGCGCCCUCAGCACCAUCUCCUCGGGCGUGAAUUCUCAGGCUGCCGUCACGUGGGAGGACGUCUUCUCCAGGAGGCCGAGCUGCGCCAAGCUCUCGAAGACGUCGCAAGCUUGGAUCACCAAGUUUUUGGCCUUAGGUUACGGGGUCCUGGCGAUGGGUCUGGCUUUCCUCGCGGGCCACAUGGGCGGGGUUCUCCAGGCCGCCAUUGCCGUGACGUCAUCGGUAGCGGGUCCUAUGCUGGCCUGCUUCAUCAUGGCACUCUUCCUUCCCUUCACAAACUAUAAGGGAGCGAGCGCAGCCCUGAUCGUGGGUACAGCCGUAGCCCUAGGAUUCAGCUUCGGCGCGACGGCCUUGGGCAUCAAACCUGAGCUCCUGCCGACGCCCACUGAUGCAUGUCCUGCCAACAUCACGCUGCCGUCACCCCCUGAUGUUCCCCCCGUCAGAUUAUCCCGCCUAGAAGAUUUAGAAGAUCCUGCCUAUCCUACCAGUACGGUCCCCUCAGGUCGGUCCCGGGGUGUCCGCGUGGAGAGAACCCUUGUGCACAAGUGGGUCAGAUGGAGCCUCCCUGACCCCAACAAGGUCACAGCUCGGGUCAAAGCUCACUCCUACAACAACAAACUUUCGACACAGUUCUAG